AUGAAGGUCGCCGUCCUCCAAUUCAACCCCAUCCUGGGCCGGGUAGCCCACAACAUGCACCACGCCGAGCACAUCCUCUCCUCAACCCAAGUCCACAUGGACGUCCUAGUCCUUCCAGAGAUGGCCUUCUCCGGCUACAACUUCUCCAGCCUGGAAGCAAUCCGGCCAUUCCUCGAACCCACAGCCGCAGGACCGACAUCACAAUGGGCGACGAAAAUUGCCAUGCAGAGGAAUACGACGGUCAUUGUCGGCUACCCUGAGAUCGCCACGGAGAAGAGACCUGAUGGGACGACGGUCAUGACGAACUACAAUUCUACCAUUACGGUGGGUCCUAAUGGCACCGUGCUGUCGAAUUACAGGAAGUCUUUCCUCUACUACACCGACGAGACGUGGGCGGCGGAAGGAUUCAAAACGACUGGAAACCAGAUGCCCUUUUUCACGGGGCAGCUGGGAACGCUGGGGAAUGUGGGUCAUGGCAUUUGCAUGGAUAUCAAUCCCUAUCGAUUUACGGCCCCAUGGUCAGACUACGAAUUCGCAACGACGAUGCUGAGGAACAAGUGCCGGGUGGUCAUACUCAGUAUGGCGUGGCUGACAAGACUGGGGCCGGAAGACUGCCAAAUCAACCCAGAGAGACCGGACAUGGAGACUGUAGCGUACUGGCUGGAGCGGUUCUGGCCGUUCGUCGACUCUCAACCUCAAGAUCCGAUCGUGGUGGUAUUCGCGAAUCGAUGCGGUAGUGAAGGAAGCUCGAAGGGAUCGGUGCAGAUGGAGCAUGGCCAUGACAUCGAGAUAGGAGAUCGAGUUGCGUAUGCUGGGUCGAGCUGUGUGAUGCGGUUUCAGAGCGGGUCGGUGAAGCUUUGGGAGCAUUACACGGGGCCGAAGAAGGGUGAUGUCGGACUGCUGGGUAAGGGUGAGGAGGGCAUGCUGGUGGUCGAUACUGGAAGCGCAGCGAGUUUUCUACUGCAGCAGAAGACAGGUUAG